AUGUCACAACUGGAUAACACAUCAGACAAAUUUCCGCUGAAAUUGAUGCAACUUUAUGAGGAGACAACGAAAUUUGAAUCAACUAUUGGAAUUGUUAUACCAACAAUAUUUGCAUGUGUUGUAGUGAUUGGUUUAGUUGGUAAUUUAUUAGUAGUAAUUGUGGCACUUAAUCGACAGAUGAUUGAUAGUACUAACACAUUAAUUAUAGGUCUCGCUUGUUCUGACUUGAUGUUUUUAACGUUAUGCGUUCCUUUCACGGCCAUUGAUUACGCUUCACCUGUAUGGCUAUUCCCACGCUGGAUGUGCUCAAUGAUCAAUUAUCUUCAACACUCAUCCGCUUAUUUCUCCGUUUGGACACUUACAUUAAUGGCUCUUGACCGUUUCCUAGCUGUAUGUUUCCCUGUAAGUAGUAUGACGUUGAGAAGUCCAAUGAAUACGAUGACAACAAUACUUGUUGUAUAUACAGUCAUAUUAAUUAGUCAAAUACCGAUAGCUAUUGUUCAUGAUAUCUUCGUUUACGAUUUUAUUAUUGAGAAGAGAUCUACGUGUGCAGUAAUCAGUAUUGCAAACGGUAAAGCGACCAGAUUACAGGCGAGAUGUUACUACUUUUCAUUUAAUCUUUUUGGAUAUUUAUUACCAUUGGGAUUAACUUGCGUUUUAUAUUAUUUCAUGUUACGGAGAUUAUGGUGCACGCCAGCAAUGCAACGUGUCAAACAAUCGCCAGUGUCAAAAACAAUUAAAAUAAGACCAGAAACAUUGCGUGCAAAACGUAAAGUUACUCGCUUAGUACUGUGUGUUGUUAUUAUUUGGGCGCUUUGCUGGUUGCCACUUAAUGUUUGCUUCCUAUUUUCAGGCAUAUUCUAUCCAGAUACUUUGGUUACAAAAGGCGGUAAACCAAUGGUAAUUGCUCAAAUUUCUAGCCAGGUUCUAGCUUACACAAAUUCUUGUCUAAAUCCGAUACUUUACGCUUUUUUGUCGGAUAGCUUCCGAGAAGGAUUUUUAAGGAUUUUAAGUACAGUAUUCAGAAUACUAACUGCUGGCUAG